AUGGUAAUAACCUUACAGCUCUGUGAUCAGAAAUGCUUCCUGGUGAAAAAGAGUCUCACUAAUGUCCUCAUCAGCAGUGUGUGUGUCUCUGCAGCUGCUACUCUCAGCAUCCAUCCCGACAGGUCAGUCUUCUUUUUUUAUGAAACCGUGACUCUGAGCUGUGCAGUGCCAGGCAGCUUCAGCAGCUGGACAGUGAAGAGAAACACCUCCACAAAGUCUUCUGUUUCAUGUGAGACCUGGGGCCAAUUCAAUGGGUCAUCCUGCACCAUCAAAGGUGUCUACCCAUCAGACAGUGGAGUGUACUGGUGUGAGUCUGACAGCGGGGAGUGCAGCAACACCAUCAACAUCAGAGUGAGAACUGGUCUGAUCCUGCAGGGUCCUGCUGUUCCUCUGACUGAGGGAGACAGUGUGACACUAAACUGCUCCUAUAAGGAAAAAUAUGCAAAACAGUCUACGUCCAAUUUCAGUGCUGAAUUCUACAGAAAUGGUGCUUUUAUUGGAAAUAAGUCUGAAGGAAGGUUGAGUUUUAUCCAUGUGUCCAAGAAGAACGAAGGCUUCUACAAGUGUGAACAUCCAACAAAAGGACAGUCACCAGAGAUUUGGCUGGAAGUGAGAGCUCGAGCUCCGUCUACGACUGCUCCUCCUCCUCCUCCUCCUCUGAUGUCUCUUCCCAGGCUGGCGUACACAAUCUUUUUGUUCAUCCUGUUCACUGGUAUACUCCUACUGUGUAUAUCCAUGCGCCAAAAGUUCACUCGAGCCUCAUCCAGUUGGACAGUAGAUGCCAACUGA